AUGGUGACGAAACUGGUAGCAGGGCUCCCACAGUUCAUGGCGCUCCUCUCAAAGAGGGACAACCUCUACAUGCAUUACAACUGGAACGAGCAAGAGUUCCCCGACUUCAACCAAUGCCUGGGGACCACGCGGGUGGUGGACCCGGUCGGCCCCUGCACCCUUUUCAAGCCCGAGUUUUCUCCCGGUCAGCCGCCCAACAACAGCCAGCGCGUCUGGAUCUACUGCUUCGCCAACGAUCCCACCCCCACGAUGCACAACAUGGCGUGCCUCUACGGCGACGGAGUUGGCUACGUUUCGGAUUUCGACUUCUCCCCCUGGGAAUCGUACGUGGACAAGGCGGGGGCCCGGGACGCCGAGAUCCUGAGGCUGAGUGUCGACGUGGCGGCCAAGGACGAGGAGAUGCGGAGCCUGGGGCGGGAGCUGGCAGAUAAGGACGUCCAGAUUGGAAACCUGCAAGGCCAGGUGGCGGACAAGGACGAGGAGAUACGGGUACUGAAUUCCCAGGUGGUUACUAAGGAUGCGGAGAUAGAGAGCCUAGGGCACCAGCUGGCCGACAGGGAAGCCCGGAUCCUUGAGCUACGAGCCCAGGUGGCUGCUUGGGUGUCCUACGAUGAGGAGAAGAGGGCCAGGCUGGAGGCCGAGAUGCUGACUCUGCACUCCACAGUGGCUUCCGCGUAG